GUUUAUUUUCUAAUCAUGUUUCGUUUCUUCUUUUUUUUUUACUAUAGUUUUAAUUCAAGUGAAAAUGUAAUCUCUACAACACCUGAAACGAUUUCCUCGCCAACAAAGACUUCGUCGAGUAGUAGUAGUAGUACAUUUGUUGGUCAACCAUAUUAUACUUUGCCACAAUCAUCAAAUGAACCAGCAACAGACGUUGAACAACGGGAGCCAACUCUAUUUAUUACACCAGCACCACCACUAGCAUUGGCAACGACACCACCAUCUAAUGAGGCUGGCAUUUACGACACACAGCAACAGCAACAACAACACGAACAAAACUACAAUGCACAAGUGGUGACACAAAAUGCCAUAAAUAUUCAACAGCAACAACAAUUUAAUGAUAAUAACAAAGCCAAAAAGGAGCUAGAGCAACAACAACAACAGCAAAAACAGCAGCAACAAUAUUUAGCUACUGGUCGUGCUGUCGAUUAUCAUGCUGGUUAUCCCUUUGGUCAACUUAUCACGCCAUUAAUCAAAAAUGCACCACGUCCUGUGUAUCGCAAACCCUUAACAUCGUAUUCAACAUUCCCAUCAUCAUCAUCGGUAGCAGCAGCAAAGUUAGCAGCACCAUCAAAUGUUGGCAAAAUUAUCUAUCCUCAGGCUAUGUAUCAACAAAAGCCACCAAGCCAAGCAGAAAUUGAUAAGUUACGCGGCAAAGGUACUUUUGGAGAUCGUUUUUCUCCCAGUGAAGGUGUAGCUUCACAUACUUUCAAAUCGAAUCAUGAUCAUUCACAUGAUCACUCACACGAUCAUUCACACAACCACAAUCAUAAUCCCACCUAUACACAGGUUGGAAAAACAGCCUCCGCUUCGAAUAUGGUAAAUUCUUAUGUGGCUCCCAGUAAUUUGUAUUCGUUUCCACCUAAUAAUGUUAAUUAUCCUACACAAGCGCAAGAUACGAAAAUCGCUCUACCCUCGGGCACGGUAAAUUCAUAUUCUGCUCCACCCUCGGGUCCUUUGAAAAAUUCGAAUUAUAACCUAGAUACAUCCAGUAGUAAUAGUAGUCCGUAUCAAUAUAAUGGACCAAUUAGUACUGGUUAUUUACCACCCUCGAAUGACAAUGGUGAUGCUAAAGAAGAGGGUAAAAAUACAGAUGGUGGAGGAGGUGAUGGUGAUUUAGAUAAUGGUGGAGGCGAUGAUUCAGUGGGUGUUUUACCAGCCAGUGCAAUGGAUCAGAUUAAUGAUGGUGGUAAUACAGAUGGUAAUGGUGAUAUGGGUGGUGGUGAUAUGAGUGGUGGUGAUAUGGCUGGUUCCAUGGAUUCUCAAGAUGCUCCCGAUGAUAGUUCUUAUGAUACGGGAAAAGAAUAUCCAACACCUCCACCCAGUUGGUUGAAAGAACAUCCUGAAGCAGCUCAAGAUCAGCCGCCGAAAAAACCCGAUAUAGAAUUUGAUCAUACGCAUGAUCAUCAUCAUAAACCCGAUAUUAUAUUUGAUCAUGAUUACUAUCAUCAUUCCUAUCCCUCAUAUCCCAUAUAUCAUCAUCAUUAUCCCGAUGUUAUUUACGAUGAUCAUCAUCAUGAUCAUUCGCAUAUAGAGCCACCACCACCACCUACCACUACUACAGAGGCUCCGCCACCAGAACCACCACCAGAGCCACGUGUUAAAAAGUACAGUUAUUUCUAUAUUGGUCGUAAACUUUGGUAUAUACCCUUGUAUUUUACCAUUUGGUUUAGUUUUUAUAUUCUCUGGUUGAUUUUGAAAUCCAUAGCCAGACAUAAGGUUAAUUUGCCCAAUCAUUAUGUUUCCCGUCGAAGUGUAAAUUAUGAUUUUUCCAAAACUAAACAGGAAACCUUGAAUCAACUUACAGUUUCGGUUUUAGAUCAAAUCGAUAAAUUUAAAAGAAAAUAUUUGAAUUGAAUAAAUCAGCGAAAAACAACUACGUGUACAAAGUUAAAAUAUUAAUAAAAAUAAUUAAGAAUUUAUAUUAUAAAAAUUAA